UCUAAUGUGUUUGUUUCUGAUCCCAAGGAGCUCCCAGGAACCGCCGAAACAUGACUCCUCACCAAGUGAAGACACUGCAUGUCCUGAUGAUCAAAUCAGAAGUGAAUGCCAGCAGAGUAACAAUGAGGAAAAACCAAUGAAGAAGGAGAACAGCGCGGCUGUCCCCCAGGAUAGAGAUGCUACCCAUAAUGCACACAAGCCAGAAGAACAGCAGACACCAGCUGCAUGUAAAGAUGUCAGCACAUUGGAGGCGUGGUUCGAUGCUGAAGAAGACCUGCAGCCUGCAGCAGCUGCUGAGACCGAGCCGGACCCUACGGUGAUCACAACAGAUCAGACCAGUGAAUCCGGCAGCAAGGAAGUGGAGAGCUCGGUACUCUAUGUUUCAAACCUGCCCAGUAACGCCUCAGAGUGUGAUGUGAUGCAGUGGUUUGAGAAAUACCAUCCCUCUGAAGUCAGCAUCUCUGCUUUAAAGAACGAUUUGAGAGUUGCCAUAGUGAGGAUAAGUGGAGCCCAAUCUGCCGAGGCUGCAGUGAGAGAGCUGAAUGGCAGCAGCAUGCACGGCCAUGCUCUACAUGUGGGGCACAUCAACAGAGCCAGGGAUGAGACCCAGAACCAGGACCAGGCCUCGGGCACCGUGAGGGGGCCGGAGUCCGCCCCAACACAAACCUCCAAGUCUGACUCCAGCAGCGCAGACAGAAAGCUGAUCAGUCAGCCGCCGCUGAGCUCCAGCCUGAGGGCCAGGAGGGUGUUGUGCGUCUCGCCCACAGCGAAGGGAACCAUGUUGCAGGAGAACUACUGCACCAUGGGAGGCUUCAACGCCGUGAUGAUGGAGCUCACUCAGCGCCACCCGGGCGUCUCCAGGCAGAGGUUUGUGGAGGCUCUGCUGGAGCUGAAGGCCAAACACAAGGGCGUCCUCUGCGGCCUGCCGCUCCGCACCAUCAGGGAGAUGACCUCUGACCUCAUCACCGGGCCAGAGAGCGCCACACAGCAAUGAGGAAGCAGUCUUUACUGUUUUUUUGUUUAAAAAGCAUCAUCAAAUCUUUGUUUGUUUGUUCUUUACAACUCGAGUAGUUCAGAGGGAGAAAUUCACCUAAAGGAAUUGGGUUUUCUUUAAAAGAUUUGCUUGUCAUUUCCAGUUGUUGUAUUUUCAAAAGAUGCUUCAUAGAAAGUUCUAGUUAUUUAUUUGGCAUACAGUUACUUGCAUACCGUUUUAUGCAUCAGCUUUGUUUGUAUUUGAUGUCCUCUUGCUUUGUUGUAUUUGAUGUCCUCUUGCUUUGUUGUAUUUGAUGUCCUCUUGCUUUGUUGUAUUUGAUGUCCUCUUGCUUUGUUGUAUUUGAUGUCCUCUUGCUUUGUUUGUAUUUGAUGUCCUCUUGUUUUGUUGUAUUUGAUGUCCUCUUGCUUUGUUGUAUUUG